GGCUCUGUAAGAGCCCAAGGAGUUGUCCCAGGAUUGUAGGGAGCUUGUGGCUUAACCAAUCCUGAAAGGGGAAGAAAUGUCUCCAUGCCCAGAGACAUCUGUCCCUCAGUACACUAGAACCCCUCCCUAGAAGGAGGUAGUUACUGAUGAGUAAUCACAGGGGAGGAUGGAGAGUGGGGCCCAGUCAUGGGUCACCCAAGCCUGAGUGGCCCAUGAGUUGAGUUCCACCUCUUACCAGGCUCAUGACCUUGGGCCAGUCAUUUAACAGAGCCUGGGCUGUCUGGUGGAUUAAGAGAAUGAAUGCUAAACAUCUGGGAAUUCUUAAGGAGUUCACACAAGGAGUUUAUUUAAUCUUCCCAGAGCACAGAGGCUGCCUUUUGGCGGAAGCUUUUCAUCUGCUAUUCCCACUGACCCAGGACUGCUCUGGAAGGUUCCCCUACCCUCAAAGAGAAUCCUCCCAGCUUCAGUCCAGGCGAGGGGCACUGCCAGCGGCUGGAGCAGUGACCAGUCUCUCAGCUCAGGCGCAGCAGCCUGGCCCACGACCUUGGAGGGAGAAAGCUUCAUCAAGCGACAGUACUUUUCCACUGCACUGCUCGGCCACCUCAGCUGGCUCUGUGCUGUGCAGACAGGAGGCCAAGUGAUCCAGGCCCGGCCCCAUCCCCAGCCGACCCCUCAAUCCCAUUCUCAGGGAUGGGGGAAGGGACUUGCUGUGGGUGAGGGGCCUCAAGAAUCCCAGUUCCUGAAUGCCAUGGAGAGCUUGGAGACUACAAGAGAGGCCACAGAAAUUUGCACUGGUAAAGCCCUCCAGUACAUUUCAGGAGAUUCCCACCUUAACAGCACUCUCAACCCCCACCCCUCCAAUAAUGAUUAAACCCGUUCCACCGCGCCUGUGCGGAGACCAGGGCAGCGCGAGCCUGCGCAGGGGGAGGGGAGAGAAGAGGGCGAAGGGAGGGGACAAGAGAGCUAGCGGUCCCGCCCGGUGAUGUAGGCAGCCGGGGGAGGUGGAGCCGCGACGCCUGAAGGAGUCCCUACUGCAGCCGCGCUCUCCGUCCACCCCCCGGAGCAGUCGCCAGCCCCAGCUCCCGCGAUCUCCCUGCCGCCGCACUUUGGGCGGCGGGGACCGCGGGAAAAUCCCCAGUCAGGGUUUGGGGGGCGUCACUACCCCCAACCUCUGCCCCUCCUCGCUUCCCAGACGGCUGAAGCCACUCCCGGGGGAAGCAGUUCCCGGCCGUUCUGCCGCCGCCCGGGCAUCUCGGCUGCCAGCCCGGCCCGGCACCGGGCAUCUUGCGAGGCGAGCCCCGCCUGGCGCUCCGGGUACCGACCGUCUCCGGCGCCUCCGGCUUUUCGCGACUCGGGGCGGUGGGCUUCUGAGCGCCUUCACUCUCCCGGCUGCCUGUCAGGAAGCCCGUGAGCCCCCUGCGUCCCAGGCACCUUUGGCCACAGCCGCGAUGCUGCCCUGGAGACGUAACAAAUUCGUGUUGGUGGAGGAUGAGACCAAGUGCAAGGCGAAGAGCCUGAGUCCGGGGCUCGCCUACACGUCGCUGCUCUCCAGCUUCCUGCGCUCCUGCCCGGACCUGCUGCCCGACUGGCCGCUGGAGCGCCUGGGCCGCGUGUUCCGCAGCCGGCGCCAGAAAGUGGAGCUCAAUAAGGAAGACCCGACCUACACGGUGUGGUACCUGGGCAACGCCGUCACUCUGCACGCCAAGGGCGACGGCUGCACCGACGACGCCGUGGGCAAGAUCUGGGCGCGCUGCGGUCCGGGCGGGGGCACCAAGAUGAAGCUGACGCUGGGGCCACACGGCAUCCGCAUGCAGCCGUGCGAGCGCGGCGCUACCGGGGGGUCAGGGGGCCGCAGGCCGACGCACGCCUACCUGCUGCCGCGCAUCACCUACUGCACGGCUGACGGGCGCCACCCGCGCGUCUUCGCCUGGGUCUACCGCCACCAGGCGCGCCACAAGGCCGUGGUACUGCGCUGCCACGCCGUGUUGCUGGCGCGGGCGCACAAGGCGCGCGCCCUGGCCCGCCUGCUCCGCCAGACCGCGGUGGCGGCCUUUAGCGACUUCAAGCGCCUGCAGCGCCAGAGCGACGCGCGCCACGUGCGCCAGCAGCACCUCCGCGCCGGAGGCGCCGCAGCCUCGGUGCCCCGCGCCCCACUGCGCCGCCUGCUCAAUGCCAAGUGCGCCUACCGGCCGCCGCCGAACGAGCGCGGGCGCGGGGCGCCGCGCCUCAGUAGCAUCCAGGAGGAGGACGAGGAGGAGGAGGAGGCCGCGGAGGAGCGCGAGGGAGGAGGCCCCCAGCGCGAGCGGCCCGAGGUGCUCAACCUAGCCCGGGAGCUGAGGACGUGCAGCCUGCGGGGCACCCCGGCGCCUCCGCCGCCGGCGCAGCCCCGCCGCUGGAAAGCCGGCCCUAGGGAGCGGGCGAGCCAGGCGCGCUGAGGACGGAGGGGGCAGGACUCGCAGCCCCAGACCCGGCCCACCGGACUCCAGCCCCCACCCUGCCCGCUUUGGCUCCCCUGGCUCCUAACCCUUGCCUCCCUUGUGGCCUCUGUUGUCUGCUCUGCCGCCUCAUUCUGGCUCAGGAUGAUGCCUGAUAUCCCUUGGUUAUUGUGGGGUGUUCAGCCCUCCCCACACCCGGAAUUUCCCGGGCCCUCCAUUGUGGAACUGCCUCCCUGCACUUUACACCAAAAUCUCUGCCCACGGAGACCACCCCGUUCCCACCUAAAACAUCCUCUCAAAAAAAGGGGGAAGAAUUUUCCGGAAAUCCAGGAGGGUGGGUUUGGACCCUUGCCAGGGUGGAGGUACUGGCCCUGUACUUGUUCCCUCCAGCCCAGGAGAGGCAUUCUUGUCGGGGACUAACUUAGUGGCCUGGGAGAAUUGAGUCCUGGCCCAUAGUGGGCGCUGAGUGGCUGCCAUAUACAGGGAAGAAUUUGCAGGCCUUGUGCCCAGCUUCUCUGCCCCUUGGAGGACUCCUGGGACUUGCCUGUUCUGCCUGUGAAAAAGACUGGAACAGUCCUACCAACGUUCAAACACGGUUAGGCCAGGUAACAGCUCUUCUCUGCAGACAGAUAUGCAUGUGGUCCCCAACUAGGAGCCCCCAAACCAGGACCAAGAUGGGGCCUCCAGAGGAGGUAAGGAGAAGCUUCGGCAGGUGCUUGGGGGCCCUGAUUACCCAGAAAGUGGACACAGCAGAUCCUAAGUUGAGGAUCUUCAGAGCAGGUGGGUCCUGACAUCAUCUGGGUUCUCAUAGCAGAGUGAGAAAGGAGGAUGUAUUAACCCAAAAGAUGGAGUGGGCCCCUGCCCAGGUGUCUCCACAAGGCCACAAAAAGCCCAAAGAUGUAUGUGUCACCAACUAAUCGUUGUAAAUAAAGUAGACUUGCUUUUUCAGCCCCGUUGCCACUCCUGUGUCCUGUUUGAUGUCAGGCCUCCUGCAGGGUAGGAGAAGACACACCCCAGAAAGUAGCCCCUUUUUAGCAGCUAGAGCCAGCUUCCAGGAUUGGGAUGGGUUGAGGGUUGCUGCCAGGAACCUGUCCCCUUAAUGUCAGGAGAGGAAGCACUAACUUUUGCCUCCUCUGAAAAUUACAUAUGCCAAUCAAGGGGCGUUGGCUGUGUGUCUCAGCCUCCCAACUUGUCUGUAUGCCUGGGUGCUCAGACGCAAGUGCCUGGGACAUUUGGCAGGGAGGAGGCACUGGGCUGGGGGCUUCUCCUAAGCCAUGUGUGUUUGAGAAGGUUCCGGCGAAUGUCAGAGCACAAACUGUGUCCCCUCAGGGCUCAGAGCAGAGCAGGUUGUGGGGGAAAGGGGUGGGCAGUCCAGUUUUCUUUCAAAGGAGCUGGAGAAAUCUGUCCAGACUGUGACAGUGUGAGUCUUGAGCUCAGAUAUCUUCUUUAUCCCUGCGCUGAGCUGGGCACUGAUCCCAGAGCCCAGACAAGUGGCCUCUGCCAUUGCCAAUGAUCAGAAUGGUUUUGUUUCCUGGAACUGUCAGGACAGAGAGCACCAUAGCCACCUCACCCUGGCGGAAGCUAGGCAGUCAGGUCUGGGUUUUUAAGGGGACAGCUGGGGUUGACUCUGCAUGUUGGGGGUGACAAGCACCGACUGGGCAAGGCUGCCCAAUGGGUUCUUUACUUCCCCCUUACAACAUCGUCAGGGCUUUUGCUGGUGUUAUUCCCAUUUGCAGAAGGAGAAGAGGAAGUGGGAAGAUGUGAGACCUGGGAGCGGAUGAUGGUCUGCCUCUGGUAUUGGCUGAGACAACCUCAUCCAGAAACAAUAUCAUAAGCCCGCCCUCCAGUCAGAUUCAGGCAGCAGAUAGUCACUAAGCACCUGGCUUGUGACAGGCACUAUGCUGGGCACUGGGCAUCCAGGAAUCCUUCUCGUUCUACAUUUGCAAUGAGGUGCAUAUAAUGAAAAGAGCUGUUACUAUAUAAUAAUGCACAGGCCUGCUUCUCCACUGUUCUCUGAGCCUCCCAACACAUACACACAUUCACACUAUGCUCUCUAGAUCUGGAAUCUGAAGGCCUGGGUGAGACUCUGCCUCCUUGCCAGCUGUGUGACACUGGGCAGCUCACAACCUCUCUGAGCCUCAC